AUGCUGCUAAAAGUUUUCUUAGUUCUCUUGUUAAACUUGGCUGAGCAGAAUAUCAAUCAUUGCUCUUACCUUCCUCAUGCCACCCCAGAUUUUACAAACUUAAGCUCACUUGAGCUAGUAUCAUCACUUAAAAAACUAAAUCUAAAUGGUAAUUUCGAUUUCCAAAAUACCCGCCGUGUGGCAAAUGACUUUGGUAACAGAUACCAUUUUCUUCCGAUGGCGGUUCUGUUACCCAAAACAGUCUCUGACAUCUCUAUAACAAUCAAACAUGUUAUCAACAUGGGUCAUAACCCAGAGCUUACUGUUACAGCAAGAGGCCAUGGUCACUCACUUCAAGGUCAAUCUCAAAGCCAUGGUGGCAUAGUCAUCAGCAUGGAAUCUCUAGAAGAAUCAAAACUGCACGUCCAUACAUGCGAGCAACCUUAUUUUGAUGUUUCAGGGGGUGAAUUGUGGAUUAACAUUCUGCAUGAGACUCUAAAACAGGGAUUAUCACCUAAAUCAUGGACCGACUACCUUUAUUUGACUAUCGGGGGAACUUUAUCAAAUGCCGGGAUUAGUGGACAAGCAUUCAAAUACGGACCUCAAAUAAACAAUGUCCAUCGGCUGGAAAUUGUCACUGGAGAUAUAUUGAACUGUUCGGCAACAGAGAACGCUGACCUCUUUUAUGGUGUUCUUGGGGGACUAGGGCAGUUUGGCAUCAUCACUAGGGCCAGAAUCUCUCUAGAGCCAGCUCCCAGAUCGGUGAAAUGGAUUAGAGUACGAUACUUAGAUUUCAACUUAUUUACCAAGGAUCAAGAACAACUAAUAUCAUCAGAUAAUUCAUUUGAUUAUAUUGAAGGCUUCGUCAUAAUAAACAGGACAGGUCUAAUUAAUAACUGGAGAUCUACCUUCAGCCCCAGAGAACCCCUGCAGGCUAGUCAAUUUAGCUCUGAAGGAAAAAAUCUCUACUGCCUCGAAAUGGCCAAGUACUUUAAUCCUGAGGAUGGGAACAUUAUAAACAAGGUGGAGCUCUUAGACAUAUUGUCAUCUUUCUCAGACAUUUUAUCAAACAGGUGGAGCUCAUAG